AUGUCUUUAUCAUCAUCAAAAACACGUUGCACUUCAAAUGAUUGUAAAAAUGUGGGCAUUUUAAAAUGUGAAGGUUGUUCACAAACAUUCUGUCGAACACAUGUUAUCGAACAUCGAGAUUUUCUUAGUCACCAAUUAGAUGGUGUUGUUCUCGAACAUGAUACUUUGCAACAAAUGGUUAUGGAGCAGGAAAACAAAGAAAAUGAUUAUCAUUCUCUUUUCAAACAAAUUGAUAAAUGGGAACAAGAUUCUAUAACAAAAAUUCAACAAACGGCAAAUGAAGUACGACAAGAAAUAGAAACAUUAAUUGGUUCACAAAGAGAACAUAUAUCAAAAGAAUUACAUGAUCUCGCUAAACAAUUACGAAAAGCUCGAGAAGAUGAUGAUUUUAUUGAAACUGAUCUUCGUAUAUGGACGGACAUAUUAGAAAAACUUAAACAUGAUGUUUAUAAAGUUUCAUCUUCGAUGACUGUUAGUGAAGAUCCUACAAAACUACUGGUAGCUAAAAUAUUUAUUUCUUCAAGUGUAUCACAAUAUUUAGAAAUAGAUGAACGACUUGAAAAAUCUAUUGGUAAUGUUUGCAUUACAGAGAAUGGUCAUCUAGCUCAUCGCCUUGGUCUAGAAAGAGAACGUACAUUUGUCAUCGGAAAGCACGAAUAUUCAUCAGGCAAAUAUAAGAUUCGAUUUGUUAUGAAUAAGAAAAAUUCAAAAUUUGUUAUGUCGUUUAAUAUUAUUUCAAAAUAUACUCGCAUACAACAACAUGAAUUUGAAUUAUCGAAAUCAAGUUACGGUUGGUAUAGCGAUGGUGAUACUUGUGGCGGUGUUGAAUUGCCAUCGAAUAAAAAUAAAUAUAGUAUGGAAAGUGAAACGACAUCUGAAAUCGAAUUUUUACUCGAUUGUGAUAAUCAAAAAAUUGGCUAUUUUAAUGAACGAACAAAAAAUCGGCGAGAAAUGAAAAUUAAUCUUACAAAGUGUCCACUUCCUUGGAAAUUACUUUUUUAUUUAUACGAUGUUGAAGAUUCUGUUCGACUUUUAUCUUCAAAACAAUUACUUUGA